AUGAAGAUUGAGAAGUUGAGAGAGGAGAUCACCUCUUUCCGACAAAAGUAUGACGAGUCCUUCGCGGAAGCAUGGAAGAGAUUCACGGAAUUGAUAAGGAAAUGCCCAAGUCACGGACUAGCUCCGGGGCAUGACCUUUUGAAAUUCUACAAGGGACUCAACAAUGAAGGCACAGGACUAGUUACUGCAGGCUCUAAUGGAAACCUGGAUGACUUAACGCAUGAGGAGGUGAGAGCCUUAUUCCAAAGGUUGGCUAACAAUCAACGGAACUGGCACAACCCAAGGAGAGCAGCGGAGAAAGGAGGAGACACAUUCGGUGCUACAAAGGAUGCAGAGAGAGUAUCUGCAAUUGAAGCUCAAUUGGCAGAUAUAAGCACCCAGAUGUCGUCGAUGACAAAGGCAGUGAAAUCGCUGCAACUGACUCCUCAACCCAAAGCAGUGGCAGUGAUGAGAUGUGGAUUGUGUCAAGGAGGGCAUCAUACUGAUCAAUGUUCUAGUAUUCAAGGACCACCAAUCGAGGAUGUGAACUACAUUGGCAACAAUGGCCAAGGGUUUAACCAAGGCAACCAAUACAGCAAUCAGCAGAAUUGGAGGCCUCAGCAAUCGAACUGGAAUCAAAGUGGUCCUAGCAACAACUCGGGGAACCAAUGGAGGACAAACACUCAACCCCCGGGUUAUGAGAAGAAGCCAUCAGUCGAGGAUCAAUUGGGACAGAUUCUCUCGUUUAUGACUAAGAGUCAAAGGGAGAAUGAGAAUUUCAAAGAGAAGACGGUGGAAAAGUUUGGUCAGAUGGAAGCUACAUUGAGGAAUCUCGAGACUCAAAUUGGGCAGAUCGCUACAGCAUCUCACACAAGAAUCCCUAAUGCUAUCCCGAGUGAUACGGUGCCCAAUCCUAAAGGUUUUGAACAGUGCAAGGCAGUUAAGUUAAGAAGUGGGAAGGAUCUUGAGUCUCCAAUCAUGCUAGAUGCACAAAAUGGCUCGAACAUCUUGCACGCAGGGGCGGACAAGUUGUUUGGCUCACAAACCUCGCACGCAGGGGCGGACGAGGGGAUUGAGUGGGCUACUACCGAAGCUAGGGAAUGUCAACAAGAAAAAGAAGAGUCAACCAUGAGUGAUAUCCACAAGAAGAAUCCACUAAGUCCGGCAAUGGACCCGAAGUGUCCAUUUAAUUUUCCAGAUUUUAUCCCGCCACCACCUUUCCCAGUCGAGAAUAAGAAGAAGGGUAGGAAAAUAAUUCAAGAGAAAGGACUCGAUUGGAUGAUGAACAUUAUCAGGAAAGUUAAUGUAGAUGUGUCCCUGGUGGAUUUGUUCCUACACUUUCCUAAAUUCUCCAAGUUUUUUAAGGAUCUUAUUGCGAAAAAGGAGAAGAUACAAGACGAUGGUGUGGUGAGAUUGAGCGCAUUUUGCUCACAAUUGGUGAAGGGGAAGAUACCUGCGAAGAGACGAGACCCUGGGAGUUGUGUGAUCCCAUGUGAGAUGGGAGAUAAAAAGUUCCCAAAGUGCCUACUUGAUCAAGGCUCGGGAAUAUCAUUGAUGGCUCUGAAGACGGCGAGGUCAAUCGGUCUACAAGCGAGGAUUGAGUCAAUCGAUAUUGAGCUACAAUUGGCGGAUCACUCAAUUGUGAAGCCACUAGGGAUCAUCAAGGAUGUCUUGGUGAAGGUGGACAAGUUUGUACUCCCGGUCGACUUUAUUGUCUUAGAGAUGGAAGAGGACAAGGACAUGCCUAUCCUCUUUGGUAGGCCAUUUUUAGCAACCGGUGAUGUUGUGAUAGAGACCAAGACAAAUACGGUCAUGUUUCGAGUAGAUGGACAGAAUGUGGUGAUCAAGCAAGAGAAGGCGGGGAAGCGCCUAUUGGAGCCUGGAUAG